ACCUCCGUUGGAAACGCCCCAAGCUUUCCUCGAUCGCGAGGGGCUGAGAGCGGCCACAGAGCCAGCCGUGGCAAUGGCCGGAGGGCUGGAGGAGUACAAGCCGUGCGCGGCGAUGGUGGCGGCGCAGUUCAUCUACGCGGCGCUGGCGCUCUGGGCCAAGGCGGUGUUCACCCGCGGCAUGAGCACCAUGGUCUUCGUCGUCUACCGCCAGGCCAUCGCCACCGUCUUCCUCGUCCCCAUAGCCAUCGUCGCCAACCGGAAGAAGAUGAAGAAGGCGCGGUUAGGAAUGACGGGCUUCUCCUUGAUCUUCGUGGCAUCUCUCUUUGGGGCAACGGUGAACCAGUACAUGUACUACCAGGGGCUGCACCUUGGCUCGUCAUCAAUGGCGACGGCCAUGACCAACCUGAUACCGGCCAUCACCUUCGUGAUGGCAGCCUCAGUGGGGCUAGAAAGGGUGGACGUGAGGAAAGUGAGGAGCUUGGCCAAGAUAUUCGGCACCGUCGUCUGCGUCGGAGGAGCCAUGGCCAUGGCGUUCUUCAAGGGCCCAAGGCUGCUCAACUCGUCGUCGCUCGUCGGCCUGAGCCUUUUUCUGCACUCGUCGGCGAGCAGCAAGUGGGUGAUGGGCGCCAUGUUCCUCGUCUGCAGCAGCUGCUGCUGGUCACUCUGGCUCAUCUUGCAGGUGCCAAUCUGCAAGUCGUACGUGGAUCCCCUGACGCUGUCGGCGUGGAUGUGCUUCCUGUCGACGCUGCAGUCGGCGGUGCUCGCCUUCUUCCUCCUGCCGGACCUCAACGCCUGGAAGAUCCACUCCCUCUUCGAGCUCUGCUGCUGCCUCUUCGCCGGCGCGUUUGGGUCAGGCGUGACGUUCUACCUUCAGUCGUGGUGCAUCUCGGUCAGGGGCCCUCUCUACUCCGCCAUGUUCAACCCACUAUCCACCGUCAUCACCACCGUCGUCGCCGCCGCCUUUCUUCACGAGGAGCUACACAUCGGCAGCUUGUUCGGCGCGGUGGCCGUCGUCGCCGGGCUGUACGUCGUGCUGUGGGGCAAGGCAGGCGACGGCCGCGGCGGCAAGAGCGGGAGUGCCGCCGCGCCGGAGCAUGCGGUCGAUGCGGAGAAGGCGGCGGCGGUGCAGCCGGACGCGCAGCUCGACGCCGGGGAAGGCGUCACGGAGCCUCUCUUGGCGGGCGGCAACCCGGCUGAUCGAGAAGUGGAGGAGAGAUUUUGAUGUAGCUAACGGCAGCGGCAGCCACGCUCGAUUAUCUGCAGAAGUUAAUUCUUUUUAGCACUGAGUGUGUACAUGUUGCUGCUGCCUGUCAUAUGUGUUACUCCUACACUAUUCAUUAGGAUUUCAAUUUUUAGAUUGAAUUCAGAUGCAAGGAGUUCAAGGGUUGAAAAUUUCGGUUCGAAAAUUUCAGAAUCCCGAUAGAAAAAUAUUC